AUGCGGCCGUGGGACGAGUCUAUCCAGGGUCUCACGCAAGGUACUGCGCGGCGUGCAGCAGGAUCCCCUCGUCGCCUCGUCCAACAUACAUGUGCCGACGGUGCCGUCGAGGGUUCCUACGUCGGCUGCAACUCUAGGUCGCGGUUAAGCAUGCACAGUAAGUGGCCCAACAACUGGUUUGCCACUGCGCUUCAAACCACACGCUUCCACGUAGAAGAGCCAUGUGCACCCCAUGCAAACGCCGUCGCAGCCGCGGCGCUUCGACACUGGAUGAGAUCAUGUCGACAUCACACAAUUCGCCCUCUACGCCUGCAGUCCUUGACCGGCCCCAGCGAGCAAUGGGCUUCUCCCCGGAAUGCGCUGUUCCCGGUUCCAUCACAUGUCCACGCCGACAUCAGCCCCGGACGCCGGGAUGGCCUCAAUGUGGGACAACUCCCGCGCCAGCAGCAUCGCAUCGCAUCGCAUCGUGGCCGACGCUCGGCAGCCCGCCCCCACCUCGCUGACUCCCCAGAGCAUCCCCGAGAACAGAUAGAUAGUAGGGCGCCUGCUUACUCCGUCGCUGACUCUCCCCGUGUUUUCGCGGCUGCGUAUAAUUUGCAGGGAUAUGCCUCUUGGGCACGGCUGGUCGAGAACCUCGGAGGUCGAGAACCUGAGACCAACAGUCUCGCGCGACUUUGCUGCAUGUCGGCCAUGGCCCCGGACUCAACGGGUGCCGCGUCUCCGGGUCGUCCGGCCCAUCCGCAUCUUAAAGUGUCUGGGGCAGAGCUGAGCUACGCUGGUACGGCGCCGUAA